AUUUCUUUUCAGUGUUUCAAGUUAGAUUGACAUCAAAGUUUUAAUUCUUAGUUAAUUGUUUACUUGAUUGUAUGAGCUGUUUAAUUGUUUACUGAUAAAAAUACUUAAAGAUGAACCUUGAAUAAGUUUUGUUCAUCAUUUAAUAUUUUCUCUUCUUGUGUUUGUUAAGUUCCAAUACUUUGAACAGUUUUGUGUUUGUAUUGUUUCAAAAUUCAUCAGUAAAAGAAAAAAAAGAAAAGGAUGAUGAUGAUGUUCUUGUUCAACAUUCAAGUAGCAAUAAUUUUUUCUUUUCUUUUUCUCUUUCCACCCAUUCAUCCAUUCACCCACAUCAUUAAAGAAAAAGAUGAAAUUAACGAGACAAUUUGUAAACCUGUACCAGAGGAAAAGAUAUCAAUCUUAUGUCCCGAGGAAAUGAAACUUAUUAUUAGAGAAGCUUAUUUUUCAACAUCUUUAGAAUCAAAUCCUCACUGUGGUGAAAAUAAUUAUCUUCACCGAACCGUAGCAUCUUCAUCCGUUCACCAUGAUUGCUAUGAAGAUAUAAGACCUUCAACCAUUGCCAGAUGUAUGACAUCUAGAAAUUGUACCUUCCAUCAAUCAGAAAUGGUACAUCAAUGCUCUGGAUCUGGUCAUAUAAUGAUGAAAUAUUCAUGUAUCAAUACAUCACGUGCAUUACAUCAUUACUGUAACAGUCGAUUGAAUCAAUCCUAUGGUUAUAUUUCAUCACCUACUUAUCCUGAUUAUUCAGCCAAACUAGAUGAGUGUAACUGGACAAUUGAAGCUACUGAGGGUCAAACUAUUGAAUUACAAGUUUUGGAUAUGCAAAUAACAAAUCCUCGAGUAGUUAAACAGAAAACAUUCCUCGACCCUGCUGUAUAUGAAUGUACCGACAAAUUGAUUGUUGAAACUGACCAAAAAUCGGAAGAUCUUUGUGGGGAUGAGGUGACAAAUUUAAAAACUUUCCAAACCAAAAGUUCAACAGUCCGAUUAUCCUUCAUACAAAAUGAAUUCCGAGCAACCCGAGGUUGGCUAGUUAGAUAUCAAGUUAAUGGUUGUCCAAAGUUACCAGAUCCAUUUAAAGGUCACAUUGUUGAACAAAAUGAAAGCUCAGCCGUUAUGAGUUGUUGUGAAGGUUAUAUCUUUAAAGAUACAAGGGAGUCCAAAAAGUAUCUAAAUUGCCUUAGGAAUAAUUGGGAUGGAAUUGUCAGCUCAUGUGUCAAAAUCGCUGACAUUGAUUCCCCUGACGUUUCACCAGAAUCAUCAGUAGCCUCAAUUGAUGGUGACAUUGAUAACAAUAUCUCAAUGAAUUACCCUUCAAGGCAUCAAUUAACCAAACCCAUUGAUAGAAAUGAAAAAGCUUUGUUUUCUGAUUUUGUUAUUCCAAUUAGUUUAAUGGUUCUAUUGGUUGUAGUUUUGGUCAUUUUCGUUGUUACUAUUGUCAAAUGUCGUUCGAGGCGAUCAAAGGCCAGUUUAUUAACUUACACUCACGAAGCUACUGUUCCAUUGACCAACACAUCGCCGGUUAACGUUUAACUGUCACAAUCAACCAGUACAAAUUAAAUUAACUAAUCUAUAUAAUCAGCAACUUAAGCAGCAAACCAUGAUUUCUAUUAUUCUAAAUCUCUUCAUCAACCAAACCUCAAAAUAAGAAAACAAAUCUAUCGUCACUAGAUUAUCAUGUGUUCACAUUGAUUGUAUUGGACUUUGAUGGGAAAACAAUAUGGACAAAACAAACAAACAGACAAAUGAUUAAGUGAUGUCACCAGAACCAUUUUUAUUAUCAUUAUAGUUUUGCCAGAGGAUUAUGAUGAUGAGCAUGAUGAUGAUAAGAUUAACAAGCACAAUAAUUGAAACCUUAGUGAUUCCUCAUCAUCCAAAUCAUCUGAAUUUUCAUCAUUAUUCAUUCAUCUUGGCAACACAGUUAAUCCCAAUUUGAAAUUUUCAUUUCCUUUCGCCUCCUUUUACUUUCUCACCAUCAUCAUCAUCAUCAUCAUACUCAUCAAUUGUCUUUCCAAGCUGAAAGUUUUCCAUUAUGAAUACAUGUAUUGAUUCAUUAAUCUAUUAAUUCCGGAAAUUGAUUAAUAAUUGAACAGUCAACAAAUCCCAACAUUAUUCCCAAAAAAAAAGAGUUGGUGAUAAUUUCUCAAUCAAUUUAAAAAAAAAGGUUGUGAUCUGGACCGGAUAAAAGCCAUGCUUGGUAAUCAUGGAUUAUAUAACAAUAAUUUGGAAUCAACUUCAUCAUUGUCAUCAAAAUCAUCUAUCACCAACCUAAAUCUAAAUGGUUGUCCACCUUUUAUCCAUCUUUCUGCUUACAAAGACAAAGGAAAACAUUUCCAGCUCUUCCAAUGGUCACUCUAGAUUCCUACUUACUGCCAAAUUUAUUAUCCAAAUUGUGAAGAAAAGAUCAACUCGAUUUGAAAGGUUCAACAAUUUACAAAUAACCAGAUUUGGCAAUCCUUCCCGUGUGAUUAUAAAUUAUUAUUUGUUGUUAUUGUAAUACAAUUGGGCAGCAAUGACCUUCCACUAUGAUACUCCAAAAGCCUACAAGAAAUAAUACUAUUUAUGGAUUAGUUGGAAAAAUCCAAGACUAAAAAGAUACAUGCAAUUUUAUUUUCCAUUGUAAAAUUAACAUUUUCCAUGAAAAGUUAUCCUUUCCUUUUCCGCCUUCAAUCUCCAUCCUAAAUUGAUCAUAAUAACAAUUGAAUUACUCUCCCACCUCUCCCUCUCCCUCUCCCUCUCCCUCUCUCUCUCUCUCUCCUCUUAAAACUUCAUAAUUAACCUGUUAUUCAAUGACUAUGAGUCACUCCUCAAACUCUUACCUCCUCUGAUCACAAUUAACUUAAUUGUAAACACUUCACCACUCAUGUGACAUGGAUUAAGCCUCGUCCCACCUGAUAUUGAAUUAACAGUUAACAUCAAGAAUAUGGACCAAAACAGAGAACCAGAACAAGAAAAAGGAAACCAGAAACCAAACGAAUCAAAGAAAAGAAAAAACCAAUAGUUACAUCCCAAUAAUUAAGUUAAUCAUCACAAUUAACUCUCUCCAUCGAUCAACAACAAAAAUUGCCUACAAAAUUUGCUCUAGUCCAAGUUUAUAUUUAUUUAUCAACCAAAAAAAAGCAAAGAUGAACAAGUAAUUUAAAUUUAAAUUUAGUUUUCUCUCUCAAUUUCCAAACACCUUAAUUGUAAAACUAAUAUACAUUAUUAAUGUAUUAAUGAUAAUUUUCUGUCCGUAAUAAUAAUUAAACAAAAAAACGAUAAU